GUGUUGCAACUUCUCUCUCCAGGGGACAUCGUGGUGCAAGGAGACCAGCACGGGGCAAGUUUUCAGUGCCUCUAAGAAGUGCUAUCGAUGCUUGUUAUCUUUCAAAAUACUUCUUUUUCCUCUACCCUUCAGGAGAUUAUCACAUUCUGCAGUUCAGUCCCUGAGGGCUUUGUGGAUUUAUCUUCCUCCUCUAAGAAAAGCAGCAGUGAUUCCUGCAUUUCGGAAGAAGACCUCAGGAUCCAGACGGGGAGAUUCUCAGCAAGGCUCACCUGGAGAGAUGGGGAGUGAGUGCAAGAGAAUUAUUCUGCUGAAAGGACUGGAGCUCAUCAAUGACUACCAGUUCAGCAUAGUUAAGUCCCUACUGGCCCAUGAUUUGGGACUGACGACAAAAAUGCAAGAAGAAUAUAAUAAGAUCAACAUUGCUGACCUCAUGGAAAAGAAGUUCCGGGGGCCUCUCUGUGUGGACAAGCUAAUAAAUCUGCUCAAGGACAUAGAAGGACUUGGAGACGUUGUUAAAACUCUUCGAAACGAGAAGAGAAAAGUUAUGAGGCAAAGCAGAGCAGGAGCCAAAGCGCCUGUGAAGAAGAGAAAGCAGGAUGCAUCCGGUACUGAUGAGUCCAUCUCUAGCAGGAAUGAAGCUUCGGGAUCCGUCCAUGACAAACCCCUGUCCAAGAAAAAGAAAAAGGAAACCACACAAAAUGAUGAAUCUAAGAGGACCCAGCCAACCCAGGAACAGAGUCAGCUUCUAGAACCUUCUGUAACCAGUACACAGUCAACUUGGAGCUACCCUCAGACUCCUCAGAUGCCUCCACCAACUCCGGGCAGCAGUUCCUCAACCAAGAAGAAGAAAAUCAAAACCACACAGAAUGAUGAAUCCAAGAGGAUGCAGCCACCCCAGGGACAGAGUCAGCUUCCAGGACCUUCUGUAACCAUUACACAGUCACCUUGGAGCUACCCUCAGACUCCUCCGAUGCCUCCACCAACCCCGGGCAGCCGUUCCUCAACCAAGAAGAAGAAAAUCAAAACCACACAGAAUGAUGAAUCCAAGAGGAUGCAGCCACCCCAGGGACAGAGUCAGCUUCCAGGACCUUCUGUAACCAUUACACAGUCACCUUGGAGCUACCCUCAGACUCCUCCGAUGCCUCCACCAACCCCGGGCAGCCGUUCCUCAACCAAGAAGAAGAAAAUCAAAACCACACAGAAUGAUGAAUCCAAGAGGAUGCAGCCACCCCAGGGACAGAGUCAGCUUCCAGGACCUUCUGUAACCAUUACACAGUCACCUUGGAGCUACCCUCAGACUCCUCCGAUGCCUCCACCAACCCCGGGCAGCCGUUCCUCAACCAAGAAGAAGAAAAUCAAAACCACACAGAAUGAUGAAUCCAAGAGGAUGCAGCCACCCCAGGGACAGAGUCAGCUUCCAGGACCUUCUGUAACCAUUACACAGUCACCUUGGAGCUACCCUCAGACUCCUCCGAUGCCUCCACCAACCCCGGGCAGCCGUUCCUCAACCAAGAAGAAGAAAAUCAAAACCACACAGAAUGAUGAAUCCAAGAGGAUGCAGCCACCCCAGGGACAGAGUCAGCUUCCGGGACCUUCUGUAACCAUUACACAGUCACCGUGGAACUACCCUCAGACUCCUCCGAUGCCUCCACCAACCCCGGGCAGCAGUUCCUCAACCAAGAAGAAGAAAAUCAAAACCACACAGAAUGAUGAAUCCAAGAGGAUGCAGCCACCCCAGGGACAGAGUCAGCUUCCAGGACCUUCUGUAACCAUUACACAGUCACCUUGGAGCUACCCUCAGACUCCUCCGAUGCCUCCACCAACCCCGGGCAGCCGUUCCUCAACCAAGAAAGUGAAAAUGGAAACCAUACAGAAUGAUGAAUCCAAGACGAUGCAGCCACCCCAGGGACAGAGUCAGCUUCCAGGACCUUCUGUAACCACUACACAGUCACCUUGGAGCUACCCUCAGACUCCUCCAAUGCCUCCACCAACCCCGGGCAGCAGUUCCUCAACCAAGAAACAACCACAAAAAGAACAAAAACCUAUUUUUCUACAGAGAAGAGAUGAUAUAACCACCAAAACUGAUUUCACCAUAAGGAUGCAGCUAUCCCAGGAACAGGGUCAGCUUCUAGAACCUUCAGCAGCAACCAGCACAUGCCCAAAUGCAAGUCUUCCCUGCAUUCCACAGACGCUGCCAAACACCCCGUCCAGCAGUUCCUUAAUCAAGAAACCAAGAUUGAAGGUUGUACCUAGAGCACCUUCCAUAGAAGAGGGUUUCCAGAAGGGCCCCAAGGAAGUGAUGGUGCUGAGAGCAACAGAACCAUUUGCAUAUGAUCUCAUGGAAGCAGAGAGAAAGAUGUUCCAUGCCACUGUGGCUACUGAGAGCCAAUUCUUCCAAGUGAAGGUUUUUCAUGUCAACCUGAAGGAGAAGUUCAUCCCAAAGAAAGUCAUUGCCAUAUCAGAUUAUUAUGGUCGCAACGGGUUCCUGGAGGUGUAUAAUGCUGCUUGUGUGUCGGAUGUCAAUGCUGACCGAAAGAUGGAAAUCUCAAGCAGACUGAUCCAAAAUGCAAAUGCAACUCCUAAAAUCAACAGUCUUUACUCACAAGAGCCAGGAACAUUUGUGAGUGGGAUAUAUCAGGUGCAUAAGAAAAAUGUGUUGAAUGAACACAUCAUUUGGUAUGAAAUACAAGAUGAGACAGGGAAGAUGGAGGUCUUGGUCUAUGGACGACUGACCAAAGUCAACUGUGAGGAAGGCGAUAAACUCAAACUCAUCUGCUUUGAACUAAGUGCGGAACCAAGACAGCUGAGAUCUGUAAUUCACAGUUUCAUCAAGGUCAUCAAGUCCAGGAAAACCAAGAAACCACUAAUCAAUCCUGAUUCACAAAUGGAAACCUCGCUAUAAUAUCCUUCUAAAAACCUGGAUUCCAUUAACAAUGAUGUCUACAGAGAUGAAAUCUAAGUAUAGAAAAAAAAUACAUAUAUAUAUGAGAGAAAUUCAGUGAUAAAUAUACCAGCUAUUAAUGCUGGGGAAUAGAGUGGUGAUGGGUAUUUUUAUUUUAUUUUUUAUACUUUUCUAUGCCAUCCUAAUGCCAUAUUUUGCAUUUAUAAUUUUUAUAAUUUGUAAAAAUAAUAAACUUUUUUUGCUAAAGGAGU